CAUCAAAUUUUGAAGUAAACGACAUUGAGCGACAGCCAGCAGCAAUAACAAAAAUAAAUAUUUCAACUUUAAAUUUUAAUAAACAAAUAAACUCCAAAACAAUUUUCUUGAAGGAAAAUAUAGAAUAAAACAAACAGAAAAAAUGGGAGGUUGGAAACUAGAAGUCGGCAAAAUGGCAAUGUACGUCACAUUCCCAGUAAUAAUGUUUUAUUAUUUCAAUCAACCUUCCCUAUUCGAGGAAUGGGUGGUUAAAACCAAACGGGAACUUUAUCCACCAGAAGAUCCAGAAAUAAGAAAAGCUUUCCAGGAAUCUUUUAGAAAGUCUAGGGAGAAGCAUGCAUUAACAUUUGAUGACGAUAAAACCAAUUGAAAAUGGGUCUAUUGAUAUCAUUAUUGUUGUUCCUAGUUCAGUUUUUUGCUUAAUAUAAAAUUUUUAGUUGAAAUUUUGCCUUGAAUCUGAAUAAAUCGACCUCGGGAUUUUUUC